GAUCCAUUCAAAGUUACUCCCAUAUUAGAUAAUGAUAUAAGAACUUCAAGUUCUUCACAUGACAGUUGUUCACAUUUAGAACCUGAGAAACUUUCACGAAUUCCAUCAAAUACUAGUACAAUUACAACAAAUCCUGAAACAUUAGAAUCUACUUAUGAUAAUGAAAUAAAUGAAUCAGAGUUAAGAAGACGAAGAAUAAAUGUUGAAGCUGCUGAUAGGAUAUCAAUAACACCGGAUAUUAUUAAUACUACCGUUGAACCUGAUUUUAUUGUUGAACAG